GGCCAGGGGCGGCUCCGCAGCUGGCAACGCCCGGGCCGCGGGCGGGGGCUGUGGCAGCAGCUGCAGCAGCGGCGGCGGUAGCGGCGGCAGGACUUGCUGCAGCAGAGGCGGAGGCUGCUCCUGGACGCCUUGGGGCGGCGCAGCCGGAGCCACAGCCCGGAGGCCCCGGGCGGUGAGCUGGGAGCCGCAGCUGCUGCUGCUGCGGGUCUCCGGCCGCCACCCGGCCUCCCCCUGCCACCCGGACCCCGGAUGCCGUCUGCGCCCUUGUCGACCCUGCCUGUGAGUGCGCCCCAGCCAGGACGCCGCCCCCGGCCGGGUCUCCACUCCUCCUCCGCGCCUCCCAUGACGGCUCCCGCCCGAAGAUGGCUGCGAAGGGCGCGCACGGCUCCCACCUGAAGGUGGAGAGCGAGCUGGAGCGCUGCCGCGCGGAGGGCCAUUGGGACCGUAUGUUCGAGCUGGUCCGGCAUCUGCAGACUCUGGGCACAUCCGGCGGCGGCAGUGGCAGCAGGCGAAACAGCCCGAGCGGCGGCAGGUUCACCUCCCGGGACCACGAUGACUUUGGGAAAUUGCUGCUGGCGGAGGCCCUCCUGGAGCAGUGUUUGAAGGAGAACCAUGACAAAAUUAAAGACUCCAUCCCAUUGUUGGAAAAGAGUGACUACAGGAUAAGUGAAGCCAAAGAUUACCUGAGCAGUAUCCUUAAUAAGGGGAAGUUGUCUCCACAGUACAUGUGUGAGGCCAUGCUGAUCCUGGGCAAGCUGCAUUAUGUGGAGGGCUCCUACCGAGAUGCCAUCAGCAUGUAUGCCCGGGCUGGGAUUGAUGACAUGUCCAUGGAGAACAAGCCUCUGUAUCAGAUGCGGCUGCUGUCGGAGGCAUUUGUCAUCAAAGGCCUCUCCCUGGAACGCCUGCCAUACUCCAUUGCCUCCCAUAUCCGCCUGACUGAGAGGGAGGAGGAAGUGGUGGCUUGCUUCGAGAGGGCCUCCUGGGUGGCUCAGGUGUUCCUGCAGGAGCUGGAGAAGACCUCAAACAACAGCACAUCAAGGCACCUGAAAGGCAGCCCUCCAGUUGAUUAUGAACUCACCUACUUCUUGGAAGCCGCCCUGCAGAGUGCUUAUGUGAAGAACCUAAAGAAGGGAAACAUCGUGAAGGGCAUGAGGGAGCUCCGGGAGAUUCUACGGACUGUGGAGACCAAAGCAACGCAGAACUUCAAAGUGGUGGCGGCUAGGCACCUGGCAGGGGUCCUGCUGCACUCCCUGAGCGAGGAGUGCUACUGGAGCCCCCUGUCCCACCCUCUGCCUGAGUUCAUGAACAAGGAGGAGAAUUCUUUCGUCACCCAGACCCUGCGGAAACCUCACCUGUAUGAAGGAGACAACCUCUACUGCCCAAAGGACAACAUAGAGGAGGCUCUUCUGUUGCUGCUCAUCAGUGAGUCCAUGGCAACUCGGGACGUGGUGCUGAGCCGGGCGCCAGAGCAGGAGAAGGACCGGAAAGUGAGCUUGCAGAAUGCCUCGGCCAUCUAUGACCUCCUGAGCAUCACACUGGGCAGGCGAGGCCAGUACAUCAUGCUUUCUGAGUGCCUAGAGCGAGCCAUGAAGUUUGCAUUUGAAGAAUUUCAUCUUUGGUACCAAGUGGCCCUCUCCAUGGUGGCUUGUGGGAAGUCGGCCUACGCUGUAUCGCUGCUACGGGAGUGCAUGAAGCUGCAGCCCUCGGACCCCACGGUGCCCCUGAUGGCUGCCAAGGUCUGCAUUGGGUCCCUGCACUGGCUGGAAGAGGCGGAGCACUUUGCCAUGGUGGUGAUUGGCCUUGGCGAGGAAGCAGGAGAGUUCCUGCCCAAAGGCUACCUGGCCCUGGGUCUCACCUAUAGUCUGCAGGCCACCGAUGCCACCCUGAAGUCCAAACAAGAUGAAUUGCACCGCAAGGCACUGCAGACGCUGGAAAGAGCUCAGGAACUGGCACCCGACGACCCCCAGAUCAUCCUCUAUGUCUCCCUGCAACUGGCCCUCGUCCGACAGAUCUCCAGUGCCAUGGAACAGCUGCAGGAGGUCCUGACAGUGUGCAGGGAUGAUGUCAAUGCUCUCCAUUUGCUAGCACUGCUCUUCUCUGCCCAGAAGCACUACCAGCAUGCCCUAGAUGUCAUCAACAUGGCCAUUGCUGAGUACCCCGAGAACUUCAACCUGAUGUUCACCAAGGUGAAGCUGGAGCAGGUACUGAAAGGCCCAGAGGAAGCCCUUGUGACUUGCAGGCAAAUGCUACAACUGUGGCAGACCCUCUACAACUUCUCUCAGCUUGGAGGCCUGGAAAAGGACAGCAACUUUGGAGAAGGCCUCACAGUUAAGAAACAGAGUGGCAUGCACCUGACCCUGCCGGAUGCCCACGAUGCAGACUCUGGUUCUCGGCGGGCAUCAUCUAUCGCAGCCUCACGGUUGGAGGAGGCCAUGUCGGAGCUGACCAUGCCCACCUCAGUCCUAAAACAGGGCCCCAUGCAACUGUGGACCACACUGGAACAGAUCUGGCUCCAGGCUGCCGAAUUGUUCAUAGAGCAGAGACACCUCAAGGAAGCAGGUUUCUGCAUCCAGGAGGCUGCUGGCCUCUUUCCCACCUCUCACUCGGUGCUCUACAUGCAAGGCCGACUGGCUGAAGUGAAGGGCAACUUAGAGAAAGCCAAGCAGCUGUACAAGGAAGCACUCACCGUGAACCCAGAUGGCGUGUGCAUCAUGCACAGUCUGGGUCUGAUGCUGAGUCAACUGGGCCACAAGAGCCUUGCUCAGAAGGUGCUUCGGGAUGCCGUGGAGAGACAGAGCACCUGCCACGAAGCAUGGCAGGGCCUGGGUGAGGUGCUGCAGGACCAGGGCCAGAACGAGGCUGCUGUUGACUGCUUCCUCACUGCCCUGGAGCUGGAGGCCAGCAGCCCCGUGCUACCCUUCUCCAUCAUCCCUAGAGAGCUCUGAACCUCUGCAGCAGCGGAGAACUAUCCAGUGUGGGCAGCAGGAACAGGCAGGGAGCACGGAGGGCCAGCUGCAUUCAGGUGUGGGGCUUCAGGGAAUAGAUCUCUAGUGAACACUUCUACACACUGCAGUGCCAGUUCUCUACCGCCUGCCCCCCACCCCCACCCCGACCUCCCUGCAGGGCCAGCUGGGCCUGGGUUCCCAUUUAGAACUGGGUAGACAAGAUUUGCAUCCAAGCAAAUCCCUUGCUCCCAGGACACUGGCACUGUGGUGUUGGUGAGGCAAGGGGCACCUUUAGAUCAAGGUGUGUCCUGGCCCCAAACCCCACCAUUAGCCUCCCUGACCACUGAAUUUCCUGGCUUUGGACAAACGAAUCUUGAGUUUGUGUGCCAUAGAGAUGAACCUUUGACCUACCCUCUGGAUGCUUUUCUUGGUGCCUUGGGAGACAGAUUAGCUUGAAUUCUAAGUGACAUUACAGAGUAGUGAUCAGAGCAAAGCAAGGGAAGCCUUGGCCUGUAUUCCCCUUCACCCCCAAUCUCAUGGUAUUACAAGCUUCUAGACUGUUCUUGGGCCUUGCCCAGGACAGCCACAGCUUGGGUCACAGGCACAGGGAGUAAAGUGGGCUCCUGGGUUCCUCUCAGGCUGAAUUAGUGGCUGAUAACUAGUGUUCUCUUUCGGGAGGUCACCUGGGUGCCACAUGUGCUUUCACUGUGCCACCAAGUGCCUUUGGGUUUCGUAUCUGACUAGAGCCACUGAACACCUACCCACAUCUCCCAGGAAACAUACCCAAGCCAGUGGGCUCCAUGGACCCUAUACCAGCAGCCCCUAGGAUAGGCCUCAAAAACACAGCUCUGACCCAGCCACCUUGAGUCAACACAUGACUUCAAGCCUUUCCCUACAGUGCAGGUCCUUCUAGGGUGAGUGACUAGGAGCUGACAAUUUCUACGAUUAACCGCAAUACACUUUAUUACCCGUAACCCAUUUUUCACUUUGUUCUUUAGCAAAUGCCCCAAAGCCCCAGCCUAGCCUUUUAGGCCUUCUUGCCAAGGGCCCCACACAGGCUGUGCCUCACCUUUUCAUGCCCAUGAUGUGUUCUUUUUGCUGGUGUCCAGCUGCUGGGCAGAGGUCCCUUCUGCUCUUUGUCCUGCCACUUCCCCUUGUGGAACUUUCCCUCAGGAAGCUGUCCCCUGGGGUCUAGCAGGGAGCUCCUUUCUGAUUUGCCCAGAACUCUGGUUGGAAACUCCCUCAGGUUCAGUUCUCAUUUUAAGAUAUCUGCAAAGAGGGUUGAGGACCACCCUGGUUUGCCAUGGCCACAACUCUCUUGGAAGGAGAAAAUCACUGGAGCCCAAGCUCCAUGCUGUACUGGCUCAGCACUGCUUGUCUCCAGGUGUCCCAAGAGGUGCCUCCUGGUCAUGGUGCCAGGCCCAGGGCACUAUGGAAGACAUUUGAUCCUUUGCCUCUUGGUUGAAGGGUCUCUAUAUGUAUGUGUGUAUAUAAAUAUAUAUAUAUAUAUUAGAGAUCUAUAUUUUUUUCUGAAAUUCUGUUAGAAAAGAGUAAAGAGUAAAUAAAUUCUAUUGUUUCCUUGGGGGGACCCAUGAUGGUGGUCAGUUCUUGGUAGCAGGAGAGAUACCAAACACAUUCUGACUCUAAGGAGUUCCUCUUUGGACACCAUGAGGAGGCGCGGCCUACUUCCUGACAGUGACUUUGGAAAGUGAAUAAAGAGACCCUUGAGGGGGAAGCAUGACUGUC